UCAAUACCAAAAAAAAAUCAGAGAAAGCUAGCUAGGGUUUCCUCUAGUCACAACAACGGCCAUGCACCCAAAUUUUAGUCGUAGACUCUCCAACAAGAAACGAAGACGGGUUGAUGAUGAGAAACCAGAUAAAAUCAGUGACUUGCCCGAUGCUUUGCUGCUUCUGAUAUUGUCCUUGAUCCCGACAGUAGAUGUCGUGAGGACUUGUAUUUUGUCGAAGCGAUGGACAUCUCUUUGGGAACAUGUGCCUAAACUCGAUUAUAGUUACAAGAAUGAUAAAAAAUUAUCGGAUCAAUUUGUUCAUAGGUUCAUGAUAUCACGUAAUAAGCAGUGUCUUCUAGAGAGCGUGCAACUUAAAGUUGAAUCAGAUUCUGAUGUUAUGAAUAUCCCUGUUUGGAUUAAGCGUGCGGUUGAACUUGGUUUGCGUGGGCUAGAACUCGAUUUUUACUCGGAAAAAGAAAAUAUCAUAUUGCCUAGAAACAUCUACGCUUGUAAAACACUCGAGGUCUUGACACUUAAGUACUGUGUUCACGUAGAUAUUCCUAACUCUCCUGUUUGUUUCAAGUCCCUCAAGAUCCUAAACCUUCGACUUGUGCACUUCAAGGACAAUGAUUCAGCACGUAGGCUUUUCUCAAGUUGUCCUAAUCUUGAAAAAUUGGAUAUUAUACGAUAUGUGGAUAAUGUGGUAAACUUCACUAUUGAAGUACCAUCUUUAAAGAGUUUAACUAUACAUGAUUGUAGUGAUGGAGGUGGUCGAAGAGAGUAUGUGAUAAAUGCUCCUUCUUUGAACUUUUUGUCCAUUAGAGGCAUGAAUGAUUAUGAGUUUUCUAUUGAGAAUAUGCCGGAGCUACGAGAGGCAAAGAUUAUGGAUGUUAUUGAUAUAAAUACGGAGAAAAUUCUCCUACCUCUCGCUUCAUCAGUCAAACGUCUCUCCUUGGCUUUAUCACCUUUAGAGACUAGGUAUGCUGAUGGUAUUGUGUUUAGUAAGCUUGUAUUUUUGGAGCUAAGUACUAGUAAAACCGAGUGGUGGAAUUUACUCAUGGUUUUGCUAUUGAAUUCUCCUCAACUACAAGUUCUCAAGCUCACGAGAGAUGAGUCCAGCAAAAGUAAUACGGAGCACAUGACUACCUCACAACUUUACAAACCGAUUAAUGUUCCACCUUGUUUGUUAUCCUGCCUACAAAGAUUCGAGUGGGAAAGGUACAAUGGACUACAUGAAGAAGAGAGACAAAUUGCAAUGUACAUACUAACAAAUGCGAAACAUUUGAAGGAAGCAAAAUUUUCGACGAAAAACAGUGAUCUGGAAGAGAAAUUUGAGAUGCUAAAGGUGUUAGCUCGUGAGCCUAGGGCCUCACCUUCAUGUCACUUUUUCUUUGAGUAAAAGUAAAAGAGGUUUCUUACUUUCAAGUAUAAUAAGAUUUUGAAUCCUUUCAUAAUUUAGUUCAAACUUUUGGGAUUCACAUUAGUUGUCGCUUUCAGAUACCA